AUGCACCUCAAAGAGCGUGAUCCAAGCGAUGAUCCUUCUGGAUUGCCACCGUCUAAUGGUGCUGCAGCUGGUGGACAAGGUGAGAAUGGCGAUGGCUGGGACGAUGGAAAACCACCAUCCGGCUCGCCAGGUGCUACAGUCGAAAAUCAGUUACAGAAACCCACCGUCCCCGACGUUUAUCCUCAGGUUCUGGCCCUACCUAUCACCAGACGACCUCUUUUUCCGGGCUUUUACAAGGCUGUUGUCAUCAAAGAUCCUCACGUCACAGCCGCAAUUAAAGAGCUUCUCAAGAGAGGACAACCUUAUAUCGGUGCAUUUCUUUUGAAAGACGAGAAGCUUGAUGUAGAUACAAUCACAAGCAUAGAUCAAAUCCAUCCUGUUGGUGUAUUUGCUCAAAUCACUAGUGUAUUCCCGGCAUCAGCAGGGAAAGACGGGAAGGAGGAUGGUGGAUUGACAGCUGUGCUCUAUCCUCAUCGUCGUAUUAAGAUGACUGAACUUUUGCCGAUGAUGAAUAAGCAUAGUACAGCCACGGUAAAACCAUCCCCAACAGAGCAAAUAGCGGGAGUAGAACAUCCGGCUGUAGAACCUGCGGCCGAUACACAAUAUGCAACUGCAUUUUUGGCAGAAGACUAUGCUGUUUCAGUUGGUAAUGUGGAUAACUUAGUUGAUCCUCCUUAUUCGAAGAAGAGUCCAAUAGUCCGUGCAAUCACGUCCGAAAUUGUAUCUGUAUUCAAGGAGAUUGCAUCCCUGAACCCUUUGUUCAGAGACCAGAUUGCUAGCUUUUCCAUGUCUCAGUCUGCCGGAAAUGUAUUUGAGGAACCUGCAAAGCUCGCCGAUUUUGCUGCAGCCGUGUCUGCGGGUGAGCAAGCUGAGUUACAAGAUGUACUGGAGACCUUGCCGGUGGAAGAUCGUCUUCAAAAAGCCCUGGUGGUUUUGAAGAAGGAGUUGAUGAAUGCCCAACUACAGAACAAGAUUUCCAAAGAAGUUGAGACUAAGAUUGCUAAGCGUCAGCGUGAAUAUUACCUGAUGGAGCAAAUGAAGGGUAUCAAGAAAGAGCUGGGUCUUGAGAGCGAUGGAAAAGAUAAGUUGGUAGAAGGAUUCAAGGAAAAGGCCACCAAACUUGCUAUGCCCGCUGGUGUCAAGAAAGUGUUUGAUGAAGAGAUCAACAAACUUGCCCACCUGGAGCCUGCUGCUUCUGAGUUCAACGUCACUCGUAACUAUCUUGACUGGCUGACUCAAGUGCCAUGGGGUCAGCGCUCGAGAGAAAACUACAAUAUUGUACAUGCCAAGAAGGUUCUUGAUGAAGAUCAUUAUGGUCUUCAGGAUGUCAAGGAUAGAAUUCUCGAAUUUAUUGCAGUAGGAAAGCUGACCGGCUCAGUUGAAGGCAAGAUCAUAUGUCUUUCAGGUCCCCCUGGUGUUGGUAAGACUUCGAUCGGUAAGAGUAUUGCCCGUGCACUGGAUCGUGAGUUCUACCGUUUCUCCGUUGGUGGACUGACAGACGUGGCCGAAAUCAAGGGCCAUAGACGAACCUAUGUUGGAGCUAUGCCAGGAAAGGUUAUCCAAGCUCUCAAGAAAGUCCAGACAGAGAACCCGCUGGUCCUGAUCGAUGAGAUUGACAAGAUUGGCCGUGGUCAUCAAGGUGAUCCGUCAUCUGCUCUGUUGGAGUUGCUUGACCCCGAGCAGAACAGCAGUUUCUUGGAUCAUUACAUGGAUGUGCCUGUUGACCUUUCCAAGGUUCUGUUUGUCUGCACUGCUAAUGUGCUCGACACCAUUCCAGGACCACUUUUAGAUCGUAUGGAAGUCAUUCAACUUUCAGGAUACAUUGCUGAAGAAAAGGCUGCUAUUGCAUCCAAGUACCUUGCACCUGCAGCCAAGUUGUCGGCUGGUCUUGAGCAUGUGGAUGUCAGCCUCACUGAAGAAGCAGUUGAUACACUUAUCAAGAGCUACUGUCGCGAAAGUGGUGUUCGUAACCUGAAGAAGCAUAUCGACAAGGUCUUUAGAAAGGCGGCAUUCAAGGUUGUACAGGACAUUGGUGAGGACAAGUUUGAGCAGCAAAAGGGAGAUUCUCCCAAGGUAUUGGAAGAUGAUGUUCGAUCCAAUGACCCAGAGAAGGUUGAACAUGCUAUUGAGCAUGGAGCUGAAAAGGAAGUUGGGCAAGAAAAGACCCAGGAGGAGAGAAAGCGCCUAGAGGUUCCGGACAGUGUUCAUGUUGAGGUUACUGCUGGAAACCUUAAGGAUUACGUUGGUCCUCCUAUUUUCCACUCUGAUAGACUUUACGAGCAAACCCCUCCAGGUGUUAUUAUGGGACUAGCAUGGACUAGCAUGGGCGGUUCAUCUCUGUACAUCGAGUCUGUUCUGGAAUCGUCUUUGUCAUCAAAAUCUAGCCCCCACCUUUCUACCACAGGUCAGCUUGGUGAUGUGAUGAAGGAGUCUACAACAAUUGCCUAUACAUUUGCAAAGUCACUGAUGGCCAGCCGUUUCCCUAAGAACAAGUUCUUUGAAAAGGCGCGCCUCCACCUUCAUUGUCCAGCUGGUGCAGUACCCAAAGAUGGUCCUUCUGCUGGUAUUACCAUGGCAACUUCAUUCAUUUCUCUGGCUCUCAAUAAACCUAUCAGUCACAACAUUGCCAUGACUGGUGAACUCACCGUGACAGGCAAGGUUUUGCAGAUCGGCGGCCUCAAGGAGAAAACUAUUGCUGCCAAGCGUUCGAAUGUGACGACUAUUAUGUUCCCCAAGGACAACCAAGCUGACUGGGAAGAACUUCCUGCUCAUGUGAAGAAGGGAAUUACGGGAAUCCCUGUAGACUACUAUUCAGAUGUCUUCAAGGUUUGCUUUGGUGAUGUUGAAAAAGAGGAAGUAGAAAGACUCUGGCAAAAAGAACUAGCAGAGGAUGAGAAGAAGGAUGAGAAGAAGGAUUAGAAAUUGAGAGAUGUUUAGUUACUCUUACCCUAUACACUGUAUUGUACUGCCUUGAAAAUGAUUUAUGCUAUUUAAAAAUAAAUAAAUUUUAUGCUCCAAGAGAGUGAAAAAAAAUUUU